UAUUUGUGUUUAGUAGACAGGACGCUAGGCUUCUGUUGUUUUUUACUCGCCAGCUCGGACGGCGGAGACGUGCGACAGCCUCGCUCGUUGAGUGUUUCGCAGAGCGGGAAUCCAUUUCUUUUUACCCCCCGUGUGUUGCUUUUUUUCUUCUCCCCCCGUCUGCCCUCUCACAUCAGUAUUCCUGCAAAAUGUCCAGACCAGUGAGGAACAGGAAAGUGGUGAACUAUUCACAAUUCAAUGAGUCUGAUGAUGCAGAUGAGGAGUAUAACGAGGAUAAGCCGAAGAAGGUGCGCACAGCCCCUCGUGAGCCCAAGCACAAGCGCUCGAAGAACUCCCAGGAGGACAGUGAGGACUCUGAUGAGAAGCUCUCCAAAGCUAAAAAUGAUUCAGCAGAUGAUUUAGGCAGCGAUGAGGAAGACAAUGAGUUUGGAGAGGAGGAGGAUGAAGAUGGAGGAAGUGACUAUGAAGAGGAAAGAGGGAAAAAGGGAAAGAAAGCCAAGGUGGAAAAGCCAGUGAAGAGGGGCCCAAAGAGAAAACGGGCUGCAGAUGACAGUGACGAUGACAAGGAAGUGAGUCGGAAGCGUACCGUGAGGCAGGCGGCCUCCAAGGCAGUGUCCAAACAGAGAGAGAUCCUUUUGGGAGACGGAGGCAGUGAGGAUGAGGAGCACGAAGACCAGGAGGAGACUUACUUGGACCCUGAUGAGUCCGGCAGCGACGAAGACUUCAUGGUGGAGGAUGACGAUGACAGCGACUACGGCCAAUCGAAGAAGAAAGGCAAGAAGGUGAUCCGACGGGGUCGGACAGACAAGAAAGAGAAGAAGAGCCCCAAACCCAGACUAAAGGCCACAGUCACCCCCAGCCCCAUGAAAGGAAAGGGCAAGGGACGUCCCAGCACCAAGACCAUGGAGAAGAGCUCACCCAAAGAGGAGGAGGAAGAGGAGGAGGAGGAGGAAGAGCAGGAGCCUGAGAGCCCCCUGGAGGAGGAAGAGGAAGAAGCAGAGAAGAAGGAGACUUCUCCUGCCCCCAAGUCGGCAAAAGAGUCUGCAGGAGGAGAGGAGGAGGAGGAGGAGGAUGAAGAGGAAGAAAAUGGCUCAGAAGAAGAGGCACCCUCUGGAGAAGAUUAGAAGAUGUUACUCCUCUCAUCCUCAACAUCUCUCUCUCUCUCUCUCUCUCUCUCUCUCUCUCUCUCUCUCUCUCUCUCUCUCUCUCNCUCUCUCUCUCUCUCUUUCAAUGUGUUUUUUUCUCCCCUCUGCAUUUAAGGUUUAAAUUUUUUAUUUUAAUUUUGUACUCCCCCCUCCUGGUGGCCUGGCGCAAUGGUUUGGAGUUUCUCUGCUUCCUGUUCGUGUCCUGUCUCCAUCCUUUCUGUGGAACGGUUGAAGUUUUCAGUGUCAGUGAGCGUCCGUCCUACAGGAGAGCAGAGCAGUGACAUCAUCAUUUACUCUUCGAGAACUUCUUCCUUCCUGUCUUCGGGGCAUCACUGGCUGAGUUUGGWAUCUGUAAGCGAAGCGCUGUAUUUCACGCAAGUCACUGCAGAGCARAAGCCUUCAUACUCUCAUGCUACUCGGCGCUUUUAAAUUAUUCUUUUAUUUAACGCAGCUCGUGUCUCCGUCAGACCCUGGAGCUCUAACGCUUCUGUUUUCAAAGAACCGUCGUGGCUUUCAGCUUUGAUUCUAAAUGUUAACGUUUCUAUCUACUCUUGUUGCUGCCCAUCAGCUGCUUUUCUUUUUUUGGGUUUAAUUUUUAGUUUUUUUUCUCCGCUUGUUUUGUUUUUUUCUCGUACUCAAACUGAACAUAAACCCCUCUCUGCACGACCACAGCGCCCCGACACCCAGCCCAUUGAGCCAGGCACCUCCAAAUUCUGGUUUUAAGAGAUGCAAGAGGAGAUAUGUUUCUGUUGUUUUGAGAGCUAAAAAAUGAAUGUUUUUCUUUUCUUUUCUCUUGUUGGUUCAGUGUUCUAGUUCCAUUUUCAGACUUUUUUUUUCUUUUUUUUUUUUUUUUUGUAAUGCUUGUUUUUUAAGAAAAAUAAAUAAAAUGUAUCCUGGUUUUAAAGAAACAAAGCUGACCCUAUCCAGUCUGUUCUGGUGGUAGUUGGACCGGCCCUCCCCCCUCUGCACACCCACCCCUCCCUCUUUUCCAUCAGCUUCAAAGGGACAGUCUGAUCCUGAGGUGAUGUUCAGUCAGUCAAUCAUCAGUGAGGAGGAGAAAUGAGCAACAGUCUUCCUCCAGGCUAGGCUAAAGGCUAACUGAAGUAUCAACAAUCAAACGAUUAGCUCAGGUUGAACCUGCUCAGAUACUGGCUCUACUCUCAGCAACAUCUUUUAACUCACACAACCUCAACAAAUAUGUAAACAAAUAAAGCUUUAUUGUAGAGAUGCGCAAUAUGUCUGUAUUAACAUUGGUAUCGGCUGAUGUUGGUCAUUUUUUAGCAUAUGGUUAUGAUAAGUAAAACUGAUAUUAACAUUCAACAUUUGAUUUCCUGCUUGUUGCUUUUAGUGUUUCUGUUUUGGGAGGGGAAAAGGUUGAGUGGUAUCUGAUUGUGUUAGUGACGCUACACAGAAGUAGAGAGCCAUGUCAGCAGUCUGCUUGUUAUUUACAUUAUUGAAAAAUGAUGUGUGUAUAUAUUUGUGUUUGUGUAAUAUAAGUUAUCUGAUAUCGAUAUUGGCUGAAAUUUUCAUAUCGUGCAUCCCUAGUUUGUUAUUAUCAGAUGAAGUGUUCUGUAUUGGCUCGUGCUGUGCUCCAUGGCUGAUAUGACAUCAGAAUGGACCGGACUGUCCCUUUAAUGGUCCCUGUUGGUCUUCAUAUCCGUUCAGUUGUUUGAGAUUUUUUGUUGCUCACCUGUAGUGCUCCAUCGUCCUGCAGUCCUGUAGCUCAGACUGAAAUAGGCAGCUUGGUGUACCUGUGGCAUUUCAUCUGUUUAUUGCCUUAAUUUUCUUUGGCUUGAGUUUGACUUGUGGCUCUUGACAUGACUGAAGGCCUGAGAAUGUAACAAGUCCUACACAUUUCAGGCUACGAGCAGCAGGUCGUAGACCUGGAAGCGUCUGAAUGACCUGCUGACCCUCCAUAGCCAUUGACGAUCUCAGAAUUUGUGAGUCGAAGAUCAGGUGCAGCACUCGUGAGAUUAGCCUUUUUGUAGUGGUUUUUGAUGUCAAAACAAACAAAAACAAGUAAAAUAAUAUGUUUUUGUUGCAGUCUUGGUGAGGUGUUUUCAUGUUGAGACUGCAGUAAAACUUUAAACUGAACAGGACUCUGGAAACUGAACUUUGAUCCAGAAGCACAUUUGAUUGUUUUGUUCUCACCUCAACAGCUUAGCUUUUCAUCAUGCAGGGUCUGAGUUGGUUCCUUCAUGGUUUUAAUCAAGAACAGCUGAUUUAGAUGUUUUCCUCUGUUCUGAUGACUGGACAGCCGUGGCCUUUUUGGUCCAUCCUUUGAAAUAAAAUGAGCUUUGUUAGCUCCAUGUGUUGUGGAUGACUCUCAGCUACCACCACACCAGACCUGAGCUCACUGUGUGUGUGCUGGAAAACCGCUACAACUUAGUGACUACUUUCAGUUUGACUGAAACCAUUCCAGGGUUGAUGAAAGAUUUUGUUAACACUGCAGAUGAACAGAAACCUUCUGACCCCCCAGCGGUGGGUUUUUCUACCAAGCUGAAGCUCUGGGAGCUGUUAGCUGCAGGAUCAGACUCACCGAGGGCCUGAACCAAGUUCUUCUGAUCUAGAUUAGGACUUGUCCUUCUUCAUUCAUCCUUCAACUUUUCUGUCACUUUUGUGUUUUAAAUCUACCUUCAGUUGUUCUGAUGAUGUUAUUGUGAUUUCUACAGAGACCCAGCAGUGAAGCUUUUGUCCGUAAUGUGAACAAGAGUUCUUCAGUCUUUUUGCAUGUUGUGGAAAAAGCGGUGAUGAUGAUGAUAAUAAUGAUAAAGGCAGUCACAACAUUGUGGUCUUAAGGGAAAAACUUAUUAAUGAUGUUGAUAAUGUUUUGGUUUCCCAGCUUCUAAUAAAGGCAACCUACUUUUUCUACAGAUGAA